UCGUGAAGUCAAGAUCAAGUUAAAAUCAAGUCGCACUGCUUCAUAACAGAAACGUUUUCCAAUUUAAUUUCCCGCUUUAAAAGUCGUUUACCCAUUCGUUCGUGAUCAUCGACGAGUUUAGAAAUCAAAUAUUUUAACGCGAAAAAAUAAAUAAAAUUUUGUUAUUCGUGCAAAUUAAUAUCGAAAUCAUUAAGAAAUUCGCAUUUUUAUUACUACGACGUUGCACACUCGAAUACAUCGAUAUUACUUUGUUCGAGUCUUUCUUAUUAACCACUUCGAUAAGUGUUUGUUGGUGAUAACAAAAAACUAUAGGAUUAAAGUAUACAUACACAUAUACAUACGAGCACUUUAUUCAAUUCUAAGUUCAAGAAAUUUAUUAUCAUUGCGAAAGAGAAAAAAUAAAAAAUAAAAAUACCAAUCAAUAACAAAAACAAUAAAAACAGCAAAAAUGUACAUGAGCCGGUUGCCGAAGCUGUCCUUACUCGUACUAGCAUUUGUUGCUGGCCUAGACUAUGCUACUUUGAGUCCUGUGAAUGACGUGUCCAGUGGAUCGGAAUUGAACGAUUUAAAUAAGACUCCAGUGAGAUCGAAAACGAGAAUAGAGCAAAAAACCGAAUCCUCCAGUUUCAUACACUAUGAUGAAGACUCUCUCCGUUUAGUGGCCGAUCUAAACGAAGAUCAAAAACUUAAAUAUGAUGUCGAGGUGCUGGAAGUGCGAAAUGUCAAUAAGGAGACCGAUGAACUUGAAGAACGAUUUAGGGGUCCGGCCAUCAAAAUGGACACUGAUAAUUUCGUGGCGGAAAAUAUCGAAAUGAAUGGCGGCAGUGUUGGCGAGGGUGUCGUUGAUGAUGAUGAUGACGAUAAAUCCAGCCACAUAAUUCUUACAAUGGUGCUCGUCUUCGUGGCGCUAUUUUCGAUUUCUUUGUAUGUGGCGUUGGUCAUCUGGCGUUCAAACCUCGAACGACGCUAUGGGAUGCGUGAAUUGCUGGUCACAAGUGAUGAUGAAGUUUAUCUGCCCAGCAGUGACACUAUGGAUCGACGUUGGUGAUUUUAAGAAAUGAAAGAAUGCUGGAGACUUAAUUUUGAUACCGACAAACUGUUAAAAAAAAAACGAUUGACAUUGUGAGUCAACAGUUAAUUCAAUUCAAUUCAUUAAUGCAAUUUUGCAACGUUUUUCCCAACGUCAUAAAUAUUAAAACUUUAAUUGUUUGAGAUGCUUGAACAUAAAUACAUUUACUUACAUAUUAUAUUUGUACAUAAAUUAUAGAGCGCAUGCGAAUGCCUCAAGUUGGGUAUCGAAAUCAAUUAAGUUUAAGAAUUACUAAAACAAAAACUUGUCUUCCAAAGUAGGCGAUUCAAGUUAGUGUGAUGAUCAUAGCAAGCUAGAACUUGUGUAAAAGCGUGACUAAAGAAAAAGCGAAUGGUAGGAAGUUUGCUAUAUAGUGCAUUGCAAAAUGUUGCCGCGUAAAUAAAAUAGAUAAACAGAUUUUAAUUUUUGAUACGGGAGCUGCUACAAGCCGUAAUAUUUGCAAACCUAAGCCUGCUGGGAAAGGAAAAUUGAAAGAACAAAGUAACUUUGAACUU